GCCGGCACAGCCCGCCCGUUGGCAACUCUAAUCUACCCUCAACUUGCCAAACACGCGGCGCAUUUUCAGUUUUGGAGGACGAGGAGAACCGAAGUGUCUUUCACGUGUCAACAUUAGUCUUACUGUCGACACCAUUAACGAAAAAUAAAAGUUCUGCCGCCGGCGAUUUUUACAUUUCGUCUUCCACUCAAUCUCCAUCUGUCAAUAUUGGCUCAAUGGACUACAGUUCAGAAGAAGAGUCGGAUAUUAGUGAUUCUGAAAUCAAUGAGUACAUGGAGAAGCCAUAUGAAGAGCUGAGGGCUGGGAAGUACAAAGUAAAGGUAAGUGGCACCUUAAGAUGCCCUUUCUGUGCUGGGAAGAAGAAACAAGUUUACAAGUAUAAGGACUUGCUUCAACAUGCAUCGGGAGUGGGUAAAGGAUCUGCUAACAGAAGUGCGAAACAAAAGGCAAACCACCUUGCCCUGGCAAAGUACUUGGAGAUUGACCUAGCUGAUGAAACGGAUCAAAUCCUUGCUCCUGUUGUAUCUAUACCUGUAAAAAAAACUCCAGAGCAAGAAGAUACCUAUGUGUGGCCUUGGAUGGGAAUUGUUGUUAACAUUGUUAGUGAUCCAAAAGAUGGAGGAGACGUAAAUGAUUGUGGAUAUUGGUUGAAGAAGUUUGCUAGAUAUAAACCUUUAGAGGUUUAUACUUUCUGGAAUGAACAGAAUCUCACUGCACAGGCUAUAGUGAAAUUUAACAGUGAUUGGAAUGGUUUCAUGAAUGCAGCUGAAUUUGAGAAGGUGUUUGAAAGUGAUCAUCAUGGUAAGAAAGAUUGGAAUGAACGGAAAACAAGCCCUGGCUCAAGUAUAUAUGGCUGGUGUGCACGUGCUGAUGAUAGUGAGUUUGAAGGGCCAAUUGGGGAGUAUAUUCGCAAGGAAGGGAAGUUAAGAACAUUCUCUGACAUUGUGCGGGAAAAAAAUAAAGACAAAACCAAUGUUGUUGCAGACCUUACUAGUAAGAUUGAUAUGACGAAUGAAAAUCUCAAUGAAUUGGAAUACAAGUACAAUGAGAAAACUAUGUCUUUGAGCAGGAUGCUUGAGGAGAAAGACAGGCUACACUUAGCUUUUGUUGAAGAGACAAGAAAGAUGCAGCAGCUUGCUCGUGAUAAUGUUCGCAGGAUCUUGGAAGAACAAGAGAAACUCAGUUAUGAAUUGGAGGCUAAGAAGAAGAAAAUUGAUGAAAGGAGCAGAAAAUUGAACAAGCUUGAAGCGUCAACAGAGCGCGAGAGGCAAAGACUUGAUGAAGAGAGAAAAAAGUAUGAUUCAAGAACCAACUCACUUCAGCUGGCUUCCAUUGAACAAAAAAAGGCUGAUGAGAAUGUCAUCAGGCUCGUUGAAGAGCAAAAGAGGGAGAAAGAAGAGGCUUUAAACAAAAUACUACUAUUAGAAAAACAAUUGCAUCAAAAACAGAAGCUGGAAAUGGAAAUUGAAGACUUGAAAGGCAAAAUACAGGUGAUAAAACAUCUUGGGGAUGCAGACGAUGCAGCAGUUCAGAAGAAGAUGAAAGAGAUGAAUGAUGAGUUGACAGAGAAAAUUGACGAUUUGGGUAGUUUGGAAGAAUUAAAUCAAACUCUUAUCACUAAAGAGCGACAGAGCAAUGAUGAACUACAAGAAGCACGUAAAGAGUUAAUUCAGGGUUUUGUCGAUAUGUUAUUGGGUGCUCGCGCUAAUAUUGGAGUAAAGAGGUUGGGGGAGAUUGAUCCAAAGCCAUUUCAGAAUGCAUGCAAGCAGAAGUUUUCACUAGAGGAAGCACAAGUUCAGGCCUCCACUCUAUGCUCCCUGUGGCAGGAGAAUUUGAAGAACCCAGAGUGGCACCCAUUCAAGAUAAUAGAUUUUGGUGGGGAUGCCCAGGAAAUUAUAAAUGAAGAUGAUGAGAAGCUGCAAGAACUAAAAGAGUUGGGGGAUGAGAUAUACAUGGCAGUUGUUACAGCUCUGAAAGAAUUAAAUGAGUAUAAUCCAAGCGGGAGAUAUGCCAUUCCAGAGCUAUGGAACUUUAAAGAAGGAAGGAAAGCCACGUUAAAGGAGGCCAUUUCUUAUGCUGUUAAUAGUAUCAAGAGACUCAAGCGCAGGAGAACCCAAGGGUGACAGGAUGAAGUGGAAGAUGAAGUUUCCAGUAGAAGAUGGCUAGUGAAGUUGAAAGCUGGGACCGUUUUUUCUUUUGACCAAUUUGAUCCUUUGUGUUAGUAGAAAACUUGGAAUUAAGUUAGGUCCCCAGAUUGAUAUUGAACUGUUAAGAACAGAAACGAUCAGUGACUGCAGUUUAGACUUUCAAACUCCCAACAUUCAGGAUUUUAUUUUAAUCUCAUUCUGAAUCCUAAAUUGUGGUGAACUUGUUCUGAAUUUUCUGAUUAUGUAACACUUGAAUUCAAGUAAAUUCUGGUAUGUCAUGUGGUUUAA